GGUUCAAGAACACACUUACUCUUGGUAUGAACAGUCUUGAGCCAAUCAAUCCGAAUAAAAUUUUCAUAUUCGCACAAAUCUUAAAAAAUAUUUACAAAAAUCCUACACUUGAAAGUGUUGUACUCUAAUUUCACAAAAAUCCUUUCAGUCAUUCACAAAAAUCAUACACAACUUCGUUCUCUCUCAAAUCUCAAACCAAAACCAAAGCAAACCCCUCUUCAAAACCCAGACCCACUACACCCACAGCAAAGAAAAUAAGAUAGCAGAGAGAGAGAGGCGGAUCGAAGUCACAGUCGCUGGAGAUGGAACCGUCUGAGCCGAUGCAGUCGCUGGAGAUGCAGUCACUGGAGAUGAAGUGAACCAAGACACCCAUGACCUCUUCGAAGUCACUCUCGAGUCCAACCAUAUCUAGACCCUCGUCACCCAUACUCCCCAAAUGGUCGACUCCUGGCUCUCCGACAUCUACCGCAUCCACCGCCGCCGUCUCCAUCGCCUCAUCGUCGGCCUCGACGUCGAGUGGCGACCCAGUUUCAACCACAACAUCGAAAACCCAGUUGCCACUCUCCAACUUUGCGUGGGUCGACGCUGCCUCAUCUUCCAACUCAUCUACGCCACUCACUUCCCCAACUCGCUCAUCGAGUUUCUCAGCGAUGAGGAUUUCACUUUUGUUAGAGUUGGGGUUGAGAGUGAUGUGGAGAAACUGUUGGAUGAUUAUGAUUUGAAAGUUGGGAAUGUGGUUGACCUUUGUGGACUCGCUGUGGACUGGUUGGGGAACAGGGAUUUGAAGAACGCUGGGUUGAACGGUUUGGCUCGAGCUGUGCUGGGACUCAAGGUACAUAAGCCGAGGCAUGUAACUUUGAGUAGCUGGAGGUCCACGGAGGUUGAGAGAUGA